AGCUGCAGGGGAAGAGGAGUGAGAUCGAUGCGAGUGUCUGCAGAAAGCUGUCAGCACCUGGAGCCUCGCGACCGACAGAGAGCUCGCGCUUCUUCUUCUUCUACACUGUUCUUGUCAGGAACUGCGAGUCACCAGGAGCCGCACUCACUUUGCGUGUCACAGAUUUUGCCGGGACACUUGUGAGGAGUCUGCGGAGUCCUCCGGGCAUGGAGAGACGACCGCGCUGACUGAUAAUCGGAUUUUUCCCUGCAGAUGCUUCUGUCUGAAUAAUGGAGAGUUGACGGCUCAAGAGGAACCUGACUUACAACAGUGUGACGGGAUAGAGAGGAUAAAGCUCUCUCUACAGAGCAAGGGCUUCUUAUUAUUCAUUUCCAACUCAUUGUACCUACUGCAGACCAGCUGACGGGGAGCAGUGUCAUGGCUGCGUAUGGACAGACUCAGUACAGUCCCGCCCUCCAGCCUGCAGGGCCAUACACACCCUACACUCACCACUCGCAGGGCUACAGCAUGCCAUCUUACAACAUUAAAACAGAAGAUGGCCUGAGUCACUCUCCAGGACAGACGGGAAUACUGGGCUACCCAAACUUCAGCGGCACUCCUCCCAGUCAGAGCCUCUACAGCUACUCACACACACACGGUGGUGGUAUAUCAUCUGGAAUUUUUCAAGGCACCCACGCAAUCUCCAGUUCAACCCCGUUCAACUCGACCCAACAAGAGUUUUCAGCAUACUCAAGCUACAGUCAGAGUCAGUACUCUCCGUAUUAUAACUCACAUCACUACAACAGCCCCUACUUAACCAGCAGUAACAUCAGCCCAGCUGCCAUCACAGCUCCAUUAGCCUAUCAGCAUCCAGAGCACCCCGUCAUGCUGCCCAACCACAGCCCAGAGUCACACACAGGAGAGUACCACCCGCCGCCCAGCCCCCCCACACCAGGUAAAGAGGAGGGGGUCCCUGCACGAAGGGGGUCAGAUGGGAAGCUGAGAGGGAGAAAAAGAGUCAGUGACCCCGCUCCACCUCUGGACUCUGAUAUAGAGCGUGUGUUUAUCUGGGACCUGGAUGAAACCAUCAUCAUUUUCCAUUCGCUCCUCACGGGAACCUUCUCCUCACGAUUUGGCAAGGAUUCCUCAAAGGCAGUGUCUCUUGGUUUGUGGAUGGAGGAGAUGAUCUUUAACCUGGCCGACUCGAGACUCUUCUUCAAUGAUUUGGAGGAAUGUGACCAGGUUCAUAUUGAUGACGUGGCAUCAGACGACAACGGACAGGACCUGAGCACUUACAACUUUGGGUCGGACGGCUUCCAGAGCCCAGCAGGGGCCGGCUCUCUGUGCCUGGGGUCAGGGGUUCACGGAGGGGUGGACUGGAUGAGGAAACUGGCUUUCCGAUACCGCAGAGUCAAGGAGAUCUACAACACAUACAAGAAUAAUGUUGGGGGUUUGCUGGGCAGCCCAAAGCGGGAGGAGUGGUUACAGCUGAGGAGAGAGAUGGAGGUCCUGACUGACCUGUGGCUGACUCAAGCACUUAAAGCGCUGGCUCUGAUCAACUCAAGGCCGAACUGUGUGAAUGUGUUGGUAACCACCACCCAGCUCAUCCCAGCCCUCUCCAAGGUGUUACUGUACGGCCUGGGCUCUGCUUUCCCCAUAGAGAACAUAUACAGUGCCACCAAGACAGGCAAAGAGAGCUGUUUUGAGCGUGUCUCUCAGAGGUUUGGUCGGAGAGCGGUGUAUGUGGUGAUAGGAGAUGGAGCCGAGGAAGAGUCUGUGGCCAAGAAGAAGAACAUGCCGUUCUGGAGGGUGUCCUGUCGCGCCGAUCUGGAGGCUUUGAGCCAUGCACUGGAGCUGGACUACCUCUAGAGGGCGCCAGCUGUCACACUCUGCUCCUCCAGCCCAAAUCAUGAGAAGCUCCUGAACUCCUGAGAGCAGCUACAGACUGAUUCAGAGAGAGUCAGUGUUUCUAUUUAAAGGCUUUGCGCAAGGCAUUUGAUCCCUAAUGAGCACCUAGGUGGACAAUUUCACUUCAAAGCCAAAGAAACUGUCAGGAUGUCGAAGCAAGGCUGCAGUGCAUCUAUGACACAUAAAGAUGAGGCCAAAAGUGGUGGACCAAAAUAAAAGACCAAAGACAAACAAGGGACCAAAGCUUCAAAACUAACCCCAGGGAAUUAUGGUUAAUACUGCAUUUUUUUCCUUUUUUACUUUUUAAAAAAUAUGUUCAUCUCAAUUUUAUGAAAUGUGGCCCACUUUUGUACACAAAAAAAGUGAUGCACUGAAUGCAAAAUUGUACAUUCUGUGUAUUGAACAGUGUCUGCAUGAAUGAAAAGCUCCAGUUGUUCUGUGUCUUUUUUUGUUAUUUGUUGUGACACUAAACCCCCUUUUCCACUGACCAUUACUAUUUUAAAUACAAAAUUAGAAACGAGACUUAGAAGGAAGAUAGAUUUUGCCUUUACGAUUAUUUUAGAAUUGUUUUAUGAAUAUUUCAGCUAGAUAAACUUGAGAUAAUAUUGUCCUCAUAGGUAGAGGCUAUUGAAAAUAGUCUGUAUUUUACCAUUAAAAUGUGAGCUAUUUAUUAUUGGUUAAAUUCACAACACAAUGAGGUAAAAACAAUUUUGGAGCUUGACAUAAAAAUAUCCCCUUCAAAGACCAAAAAGAUCUCUUGUAAAAAUGUUUUCAUGAGAAGCUGUCUUGAAGAUGCUGUAUUAUAGGUUGGUGCUUGAAUCCUUACUUUUGAUUCUGGGUUGUAAAUGUUUGUCAUGUUUUAACCCUCUUUCUGUUCUUUCCUAAUUGUCCUAAUAACCUGUUUGUAAUAUAGAUGAACUGGUAUGGUCGUGCAUGUGCCGAUUACACUGCCUGUCAGCUUAGCUAUGAUUUGUAUAUAAUGCUUUAUUGUGGAUUUGUUUUGACAGACAGUUAAAAUAGAUAAAUACAAAUAAAUUAAUUGCAUUGUUGGGAAA